ACUGGUGUUUCUCCAGCGGUAUGGCAGUUUCUCCAGCUAACAAAGAUCUUCUACAACAAGAGAACAAAGUGUCGGCAAAUGGGCCAUCAUCUUUACCAUCGAGGAAUGGUGAUCAAAAGAAGUGGCCAUGGUCAGAUCCAGAGGAACCGAGCACGAUGCUCUAACAGAUACUUACGAGUAGCAUUAAUGUGUAAAUUAUAUUUAUUAUCACCUUUACUUACUAUACGGAUGUUAUGA